GUUGCAUUUGGCCCCCUGGCCGGGUAUGCAUGCCACAUCCGAUGACGGGAUACUCAGAAGCUAUAACGCAUUCACCCCAAAUGGUACUGACAACAAUAAUGUUUGGAAUGAGUAGGCGAAGAACAACAGAUGGCAAGCACACGUUGGCGACUUUUCUACCCGCGCUCGUAAAGCAUGUUUCGUGCGUGUGGGGUUAUUCCAUCACGAAACGAGAGGGCGCUACUACUUAGAGUUCAAGUCCAAGUCGCACAGAUGUCCAAAAUUAUGGUAUUCCUACUAUGGAGGCUGGUCACCUGCCUGAUGAUGUUCCGGGUCCUAGCGAUCCUCCCAGCUGUCGACGGGUUAGAAGCCAUAGUGGUUGGGUCAGACUGUCACCAGCCUCUGCCGAGUAAACGCCAUUGUACAGUUUGUAUGCAAAGGCUUUGAUAGGCUGACCACAGGGCCUUGAAUGGCGAGGCAUGCAUGACCGCAAGCAAUUGACGAUGCUAAGAGAAAACCCACGACCAAGGUGCCCCCCGAAGUCACAAAGUUUGAAAUACGAGAUUCAACCCGCAGCAUCGGACGAUGCCUAGUAGCCGGCAGCGUUCAUGCAUGGUACAGACAGCGUCACCAAGUAAUACCAGUUCUGCUGAACUGUGUGGACAAUGGAGCUAAGGAGGCACCCGGACUAACCUUACGAUACUCGAAGUCGAGGGGAAGGUGACUCUAGAAUAUAUUGGCACCGAAGUGCGGAGCGCCGGCCAGCCUCGCGCC